AAUUAGUUUUAUGUUUUUAGGGUAUAACUGACUCGUGAAUAUAACUCAAUAACGGUGUAUGUAGCAUAUGAUCGAACUUAAUUCUAGGGGCGGAGCGCCUGAUUCAUCCAUUAUCUUUUUAAAAAGCGCUUAAAUUUAAUCUUUACUAUAGUUGCUUUAUACUUUUAUUAAUUUCGUAUAAACUAUACGCACCCCCCUCCCCUUUCUUUUCCUCGCUCGCGAGAAGUGUACUAAUUUUUAUCCUUGCAUAUAUAAAAAAAGCUAAUUAAAACCCAAAAUUGGGUAUGUUCCUUGCAUCCAUUUGUGAUCAGCUAACAUAAGCUUUUCUUCUCUCUUUACACCUUUAGCAUGAUGCAUGAUUACUCAUUGAUAGUGUGAUGAUAAGUUGAUAACACACACAUCAACACUGCCAUUUGCAUGGGAUGCAUGAACCGAGCCUAGAUGCCUUCGUUUUCCUAGGGAACUUUGCUUUGCGGCUCAGUUGGGGUGCAUUGCAUGUUGGACAUGGACAGUGCCACAUAUUAGUGAAUUGAUGUUAACUAAAGUGCAAUCUUUUACACCCUUUCCGGCCUCUUAACUGAACUGUAGAGAUUGCCCCUGUCACAAGCUUCCCUUUCACACAUAAGAUAUGGUGCCCUACGAUUAGGAGAACCUGCAUGCUCCUUUACAAGCUAGCUAGCUACAUGCAGUGCAACUAGCUAGGAGAGUAUCACCUGUCACCUUCUUCUAGGUUGCAAAUUUUUAAAAGAUGAGAUUCAAGUUGCACUUUUUAAACUUUAGUUACCACUUUUGAGUGGUUAGAUGCUCAUCACUCUGUGCCUAUAAAUAUGGGGACAUGAUCACAUCUUGAUGCAUCUAUCAUAUAUUGUGGAUCAGACUAACAUAUACACAGGUUCCUGAAGAUCAGAUAGAUGCAGCACCAGGAAACUGCAGUUAUCCAAAGAAACACAAGCAGGUUCUCUCCCAAGGGAGAACAAGAGCUUCACGUAGCCAACGACUCACAAAGCUCAAACAAGAUGGAGAAGCUCAUCAUCAUCAAGAGUAGCGGCAGCGGCAGCGGCGACGCACGCCAUGACGACGGCGGCGGCGAGGUGGAGACCGUGCGGUGCGCGUGCUGCGGCGUGGCGGAGGAGUGCACGGCGGCGUACAUCGGCGGCGUGCGCGCGGCGUUCUGCGGCGACUGGCUGUGCGGGCUGUGCUCGGAGGCCGUGAAGGAGACGGCGCGGCGCGACCCGGCGCCGGGCGGCGGCGUGGCGGCGGCGCUGGCGUCGCACGCGGCGGAGUGCAGGGACUUCAACGCGACGACGAGGCUGAACCCGACGCUGUCGCUGGCGGGCUCCAUGCGCCGCAUCGCGCGGCGGAGCUUCGACAAGAGGACGUCGGCGUCGUGCCAGGAGCGGCGCCUCGGCGCGGCGGCGUCCAAGGCGGUGGCGCUCGCCAGGUCCGCCAGCUGCGACCCGCGCUUCUGCAGCCUCCUCGCCGCCGACGUCAUCAACGGCGGCGCUCCUCCCGGCGAUCGGUGCAGAUGAUCGAGCUCCAUGGUGUUCGAUAGUAAUUAACUCGAUCGCUCUCUAUCGAUGUUAGUAUGUGGUUGUAUAUAUGUGUAACCAAUCGUAUUUUCUAAGUAAAUGCUCUCUCCGCCUCAUGAAAAAUCAAUCUAAUACUGGAUGUGAUAUAUUCUAAUACUACGAAUCUAGAUAUAUCUUUGUCUAGAUUCGUUAUAUUAGAAUGUGUCAUAUCUAGUUCGAUUCGUUUUUUUGGCAGAUAGGGUAUAUAUCACGCUAUAUAUUAACCAAGCUAGCUAGCUUAGAUCCAACGGUAGUGUACUGUCACUGCAUCAGUGCGGCCCAGUAGACAGUAGUGUUAGUACUCCUACCUAAUAUUGAACAUGUACGUAUGUGGAUCAGUUGCAUUGUAUGAUCUGAGUGCACUGUAGUGUCUAGCUACAUGAGUAUUGUACUCUCUCCAUCCGUUUUUUAAUAUACGAUACAAUUAACUUUU